GAGGCCCUGGCCAACAUGGGGAUUGCCACCAAAACUGAAAGCCAACAGUGGUUCGCGGGCGAGAAAUUGGGCCUGACGGGAACGGUGGACUUGCUGGACUGGAAUAGUUUGAUCGAUGGCCGGAUGGAGAUUUCCAAACUUCUGCUUGUCCCAAACCUGAAGACAGGCCAGCUUGAGCCGCUCCUCUCCCGCUUCACCCAGGAAGAGGAGAGGCAAAUGAAGCGCAUGUUGCAGCGCAUGGACAUCCUGGCCAAGAAAGCCGUCGGGGUGGGCGUGAGGUUAAUGGUGGAUGCAGAACAGACCUACUUCCAGCCGGCCAUCAGCCGCCUCACCUUGGAGAUGCAGCGGCGAUUCAACCAGGAGAGGCCAGCCAUCUUCAACACGUAUCAGUGCUACUUGAAGGAGGCCUAUGAUAACGUGACCAUCGAUGUGGAGCUCUCGCGCCGGGAAGGGUGGCAUUUCGGAGCCAAGCUAGUGAGAGGCGCAUACAUGGAGCAGGAACGAAGCCGGGCGUCUGAAGUGGGCUACGAGGACCCCAUCAAUCCAACCUAUGAAAAGACGAGCGAGAUGUACCACAGAUGCCUGGACUACAUCCUGGAGGAGGUUCGGCACAGCCGGAAGGCCAACGUGAUGGUUGCUUCUCACAAUAAAGAGACGGUCAAGUUCACCCUUGGCAGGAUGGUAGACCUUGGCAUCCACCCCUCGGAGAACAAGAUCUACUUUGGGCAGCUCCUGGGCAUGUGUGACCAAAUCACCUUCCCUCUUGGUCAAGCUGGGUUCCCCGUGUAUAAAUACGUUCCCUACGGCCCCGUGAAGGAGGUCCUGCCUUACCUGUCCAGGAGAGCCCAGGAGAACCGAGGCCUCCUGGCACGGGCAGAGGAGGAGCAGCAGCUUCUCUGGACUGAGCUGAAGAGGCGCCUGUUUGCGGGGACCCUCUUCAACGUACCGAGCCCCCCUUGAGUACUUCUCCCCUCGGCCUCGCACUGGGGCAGCUUGGACAGGGACCCCAGUCGUGGACGCUUCCUUGCAGGCUGACCGGAUUCUCUCUCGCCCGGUGCCAGGGUGGCACAGCUUUGGGGAGGGGGGGGCUGGCAACAGAAGCCCCGAGUGUAGCAGCUACUCUAGCAUUACAGGCAUUUGUGGCACCUGCCCAUUGCCAUCUCCCAGAUUUGACACCGAGUAUUCUGGAAUCGCCUUCUCUUUGUCACCCGUUUGCUCUUCCACUUGUCCGUCUCUGGGAUGAAGGUGGCUGUACCAAUAAAAAUUCUUUUCAGAAA